GAUCUCUAGAUCUAGCUAGAUCCUUAUAGAAUAAAUGAACUGUAAAAAUGAUUUUAGUUAUUAGUAUUAUUAAGCCUAAAGAAAAUAAGCCUAAGCCCUAAUCCUAAAAAAAUGAAACAGUUAAACAACUUAAAAGUUAAAACGGAAAUUCCCUUUAAUACAAUUUUUACGCCUACAACUUUAUCUCUAGAUUCUAGAUCUAGAAUGUUUAGGACUAAAUAUUCAAAUAAUAAUAAAUAAACUUCAGGCUACUAUAAAAGUUGCCAACCUGGACUUCUGUAGAUCUUUAAAAAAAAUUUUAGAAACACCAUGGCUAAAGCAGGAGAGGAAAAAAUUGGCACUAAUUCAGCGGAGAAGAUGACUGAGAAUGACAUUAAUACUUUAGUAGUUCAGGCCAAUAAAGAGACAGGGGAAUUUGAGAUUGAGUGUUGCUAUGAACACAAUGAAUACAACUACUUUUGGGAACAUUGCACAAAGAAUUAUGGUCAUGCUGAUUUUACUCCUGCUGACAAUUUUACCAUAGAUAAACUGCCUGAUGGUUACAAGGACAUUGACACCUUGCAGCUGAUAAAAAGUCUGAGCGAGCUAACUGUCCAUAUAACAGUAGGCUACGCCAGCCCAGAGAGGCCGUCCAACCUGAAUGGCCAGUCCUACCCUUGCUACAGCGACAGUACCAGGGGAUUUACACGCUAUGGAAGUGGGCGUGUCUGGGAUGCUGAGAAAGUAGAGAAUGAGCCUUGUCCGUGUACCAAAUGUAUAGAAUCAGGUCAGCAUUGUAUGCAGUGGGCUAAAAUUAGCAUCCUGACCGCCAUGUAUGUAAUAUUUGAUCAAAGCGAGGCUAGAAAAUCAAAUUUCAAACUUGGAUACAACAAAGAUGGAGACAACUAUGAAACCCUUGAAGGAUAUAAAGUGUUCAAAACUACCUUGGAUGAAGACAUGUGUUACCUGUACAGUAUAUCACAUAGCGUUGAGCUAGUUGAUGACCUGAAGAAACAUCUGGACGAGUUUGAAGAAAAAUGCAGAGUUGUAAAUGCCAAUUACAAGAAAAAUAAAAACAUCAAGUUGACCGCUAUAGUGUCCCACCCUCAUGGGUAUUUCAAACAAGUGACUAUUGGAAACUGGGAAGUCCAGGAACCACAGAAGAACAAAAGCACCAGGUAUAAAUACACCACAGCUACCUGUAAGGGGAGCAGUGGGGCACCUGUCUUUGUGUUUGGUAAAGAGAAGGGGUGGUGGCUGACCCAUCACCACAGUGGAUUUGAACCUGACACCAAGUAUAACUACAGUGGCAUUGUCUGGCUCUAACCCCUACUCUGAUGUUACAGCACACUAAUCAAACCUCAGGUUUUGGUAUUAGCCUUCAGUUUAAAUGUUUGGAAUUGUUGAUUGGUUCAUAGCAUUCUGAUGUGUGCCUUCUCCUUAAUAUUUCCAUUACAAUUUUUAUUAUAAUUUAAGAGAAAUAGAGACUGAUCAAAAAU